CGAGUUCAGCUUGGGCUCGGUGUCAAGUCAAGCCCAACAGAAGAUGCUCGCUUUCUCGCUGCCAAUAACCUGCACCCCGUCAGAAGCUCGUCGUCCCUCCCUCCGGAUCCAAAUCCCUCUCCUCCAUUGCCGAUGAGAAAAAAAACGCCGGAGUAAUACGUCGCUAGCUCGAGCAUCGAGCUUGCCGACCCGAGGAAACUGAAAACCCUAAAUCCCUCCUUCUCCCCGUCAUGGCCUCCGGUCAGGACCCCGGAACAACGUUGAUGGAUCUCAUCACCUCAGACCCUUCAGCCGCUCCUUCCAGUUCCUCACUGGCGGCGGCUCCCACCACGCUUGGCAAGCCGGAGAAGCGGAUCACCUUGAGCCAGAUCCAGAGCGACACCAUUUCGGCUGCGAGGGCUUUGAAUCCCGUCAAGGCUUUCCCACAAAGGCAGAGGAAGAAGCUUCCAGUUUCUUAUGCUCAGUUAGCGAGGAGUAUUCAUGAAUUUGCUGCGACGGCAGAUCAGAAAAGUUCACAGAGGAAGCUCGUGCAUCAUGUGUUUCCAAAACUUGCUGUGUACAACUCAGUGGACCCAUCUUUAGCGCCAUCCCUUCUUAUGCUUCAUCAGCAAUGUGAGGAUAGGAAUGUCUUGCGCUAUGUUUAUUACUAUUUGGCUAGAAUUUUGGCAGAUAAUGGCGCACAAGGCUUAAGCGCAGCUGGUGGAAUCCCUACUCCAAAUUGGGAUGCACUUGCUGAUAUUGAUGCUGUUGGAGGUGUCACUAGAGCAGAUGUUGAGCCAAGAAUUGUGGGGCAGCUUAGUGCUGAGGCCUUAAAUCCAGAUAUUGAAUUUCAUGCGAGAAGGAUUGCUGCUUUGAAAGCUCUCAGUUGUGCUUCAUCAAGCAGUUUAGAUAUACUGGACAAGUUGUAUGAAAUUGUUUUUGGCAUUUUAGAAAAGGUUGGAGAUGCCAAGCAAAAACGUAAGAAAGGCAUCUUUAAUAGGCCAGGUGGUGAUAAGGAGUCUAAUAUCCAGAACAAUUUGCAAUAUGCUGCAAUUAGCGCCCUGAGAAGGCUUCCUCUCGAUCCUGGAAAUCCAGCAUUCUUGCACAGAGCCAUACAAGGGGUUUCAUUCACUGAUCCAGUUGCAGUGAGGCAUUCUUUGGCUAUCAUCUCUGAUAUAGCUAUGAGAGAUCCUUAUUCUGUAGCUAUGGCUUUGGGAAAGCUUGCACAAUCAGGAGGUGCUUUGCAAGAUGUUCUACAUUUGCAUGAUGUCCUUGCCAGAGUUUCCCUUGCUAGAUUGUGCUAUAUGAUAUCUAGAGCCCGUUCCCUGGAUGAGAGGCCAGAUAUAAAAUCACAGUUCAACAGUAUUCUCUAUCAACUUCUACUUGAUCCCAGCGACAGAGUUUGUUUUGAGGCAAUUCUUUGUGUCUUAGGAAAAUUUGAUAAUACUGAAAGAACUGAAGAGCGAGCUGCUGGAUGGAUUCGGCUGACAAGAGAAAUACUGAAGCUUCCAGAGGCACCAUCUGUAACAACGAAGGAUAAAUCAGAGGACGGACUUCCACCAAAACCAACCAAAGAAAAAGCUUCUAAAACAAGGCGCCCUCAGCCUCUCAUUAAACUUGUAAUGAGAAGAUUGGAGAGUUCUUUCCGGAGUUUCUCUCGGCCUGUACUUCACGCUGCUGCACGAGUUGUUCAGGAAAUGGGAAAGAGCAGGGCCGCAGCAUAUGCGCUGGGUGCCUAUGAUGUUGAUGAAGGAAUUCAACUCAAUGCAUAUUCUGAAAAUGUCGAUUCUAUUGAUUCAGAUCAACAGGAAAGCCAACCUGAAGCAUCUCGAAAAGCAUCAUCAUUAUUGAAUGGAACAGGUGGGAAGGAUACUAUUGCGAGUUUAUUAGCUUCACUGAUGGAAGUGGUCCGCACAACUGUAGCGUGUGAAUGUGUUUAUGUGAGAGGAAUGGUUGUAAAAGCUUUGAUUUGGAUGCAAAAUCCUUAUGAAUCAUUUGAUGAAUUGAGAUCUAUCAUUGCCUCAGAGUUGUCUGACCCAGCUUGGCCUUCCGCACUCUUGAAUGAUGUUUUACUUACUCUGCAUGCUCGGUUUAAGGCAACCCCAGAUAUGGCAGUCACACUGCUUGAAAUUGCAAGAAUAUUUGCUACCAAAGUGCCUGGAAAGAUAGAUGCUGAUGUGCUGCAAUUACUGUGGAAAACAUGCCUUGUUGGAGCUGGACCUGAGGGAAAGCACACUGCUCUAGAAGCAGUUACCGUUGUUCUUGAUUUACCACCUCCCCAACCUGGAUCCAUGGCUGAACUUACAUCUGUAGAUGGAAUAUCUGCAUCUGAUCCAAAGUCCGCUCUUGCUUUGCAGAGAUUAAUGCAGGCUGCAGUGUGGUUUCUUGGUGAAAAUGCAAACUACGCUGCAUCUGAAUAUGCUUGGGAAUCUGCAACUCCUCCUGGUACUGCUUUAAUGAUGUUAGAUGCUGAUAAAAUGGUUGCAGCUGCCAGUUCUAGAAAUCCUACUCUUGCUGGGGCGCUAACAAGGCUUCAAAGAUGUGCCUUCAGUGGAAGCUGGGAGGUUCGGAUUGUUGCUGUCCAAUCACUCAUCACUUUGGCAAUUCGGUCAGGGGAGCCCUAUAGGUUACAAAUAUACGAGUUUUUACAUACUUUGGCUCAAGGUGGAGUGCAGUCUCAAUUUUCAGAGAUGAAAAUUAGUAAUGGUGAAGACCAAGGUGCUAGUGGUACUGGUCUUGGAACUUUAAUAGCUCCGAUGCUGAGGUUGCUUGAUGAAAUGUACAGAGCUCAGGAUGAACUGAUGAAAGAUAUACGAAAUCAUGACAACCAAAAGCAAGAAUGGACAGAUGAAGAACUCAAGAAACUCUACGAGACACAUGAAAAGUUUCUCAAUUUGGCUUCACUUUUCUGUUUUGUUCCAAGAGCUAAAUAUCUUCCUCUAGGGCCUACUAGUGCGAAGCUGAUUGAAAUCUACCGGAACCGACACAAUAUUAGUGCUUCCAGUGGUCUAAAUGAUCCUGCAGUUGCUACUGGAAUUUCUGAUCUUGUAUAUGAAUCUAAAGCACAACUUCCAGAGACCAGCUCUAUUGAUCCAGACCUGGCAAUGGCUUGGGCUGCAAAUCUAGGAAAUGGAAUGUGGGAAAGCAAUGCGCCAGCAAUGGAUAGAGUUAAUGAAUUUCUUGCUGGUGCUGGAACUGAUGCUCCAGAUGUUGAGGAAGAGAUUAUAACUUCGCGGCCAUCUGCCACUUAUGAUGAUAUGUGGGCAAAGACGCUUUUAGAAACUUACGAGGCAGAGGAAGAUGAUGCCAAGUCAUCUGGGUCAUCUUCUCCUGAAUCAACUGGCUCAAUCGAAUCUUCUAUAUCAUCCCACUUUAGCGGUAUGGGAUACCCAUCCUUGUUCAGUUCACGUCCAUCAGGCUAUGGGGUCUCACAACAAUCGCCUUCUCAGGACAGUAGGUCAGCUGCCACCGGUAGCAGGUUUAGCAAUAAUUCAUUUGGAAGUUCAAACUAUGAGGGGUCCGCAUCUCCGAUCAGGGAAGAACCUCCAUCAUAUUCGUCGUCUGUUCUGCAGAGGUAUGAAUCAUUUGAGAAUCCAUUAGCGGGGCAAAGCUUUGGCUCACGGAGCACUGAUGAAAAUGGUUCCAAUAACCCACAAUUUGGGAAAGCGUUGUAUGACUUCACUGCAGGUGGAGAUGAUGAGUUAAGUCUAGAUGCUGGAGAAGAGUUUGAAAUUGAGGAUGAGGUUGAUGGUUGGUACUAUGUGAAGAAAAAACGACCAGGGAGAGAUGGGAAACUAGCCGGACUUGUUCCAGUGCUCUAUGUGAGUCUUUCUUAGUUUUAGCAGUCUCACAAGAUUAAGCUUCUGUACAUCUAAGAAGAAAAAGCCAUGCCUUUUUAGUAAGUUCACCAUUAAAACCACACGAGUGCUUUUUGAUGCUGUUUCAAUUCUUUGAUCGAUUUUGUACACCAUUCCUGUUUAUCUUCUUUUUCUUCAUUUAAA